ACUUAGCAAGAGUAUCCACAAAUUUGACAACUUUUAUCGUAGCAACACAGCUUCACCACCAAACAAACUAGUCAACAUGAAAGCCGCCAUCAUCUUCGCCUGUCUCUUGGCUGUUGCCUUCGCUCAUCCUGAAGUUGAGAUCGUUCGCCAGGAUUCCGAUGUUCAACCCGAGGGUUACAGUUUCGAUUCUGAAACUAGCGACGGAUCCAAACACUCUUCAUCCGGUGUCUUGAACAAUGUUGGCUCAGACCACGAAUCUCUCGCUGUAAAGGGUUCCUUCUCUUUCGUCGCUGAUGAUGGUCAAACCUACACCGUCAACUAUGUUGCUGAUGAGAACGGUUUCCAACCAUCAGGUGCUCAUUUGCCUGUUGCUCCAUCUGCCUAAAUUUGUGAUCAAACGAAGUUAAGAUUUUGUUAAUGUGUAAGGUGUUUUUGUAAAUGAAAAUAAAUUAAUUGCAAUUUUUGAA